AUGAGCAGUAACACGGCGAACAAUAAUCAACAAACGGGGAAUACGAUCGUAGACGUGGACCAACUCCUCCAACUGGACAGUUUAGAAAAAGAACUCAAAGAAGCCUCAGAUAUCGUCCAAGAAUGGACGACCGAACGUCUCUCCGCGAAACGAGCGCUGAAAUCACAACACGACGGGGCGAUGAAACAAAGCGAACAGUUUUACAAAAAAUUGGUCGAACGCGAGCACGAGCUCUCGAAUCAAGCGAAAGAGUUAGAGGAAGAGAAGGAAGAGCAAGAACAUAAACUGAAGCAGAUGGAAGAGGAAGCGAUGCAAGCGAGAGAGUUAGCCGCGGAUUUACCGGAACAGCUGGAGGAUUUGAGAGCGACGGUGAGCGAAGAGCGAAGGAAAACGGAGGAGGAAGCCGGCGCGGUGGAAAAGUCAGAAGGGAAGCAACUGAAGCAAGUGGACAGUUUGCGAGUCGCGAACGACAUGUACAAAGAUCGACUGGGGUUGGAAUUCAUGAAAACCGAGGACGACGACAUGAAGUUCGCGUUCACGUUGAUCGAUCGGUUCGAGAUGGACAGAGAGUUUUCGUUCACGAUUCGCGUUGAGGAAGGGUCGACUCGGUACCAGUUAAUCGAGUGCGAACCCGCGGUGAGAGAAGCUGGAGAGUACAUGAGAGAGUGCAAUCGAACGGACGAUUUGAGCAAGUUCGUGAGGAAAAUGCGCACGAGUUUCGUCCGGUUGUGUGAGAGCGGUAACUAA